AAAUCAAAAUACCAUCGCUGCUGUUUGUAUUCAUUAUGCAUCUGAAAUUUCUCAUUGUGGGAUCCCUAUUGCCAAAGUUUCUGAAUGGCUAUUGAGAAAGGGUCGUGUCGUAAACUUUAACCUAGUACGACGGAUCGAAAUUGCCUGGGUCACUUCCAGUUUUGGAAUUCGUGGACCAUAUUAUAGUCCGAUGGGUAAAGCUCAAGGAAUUGGGGAUCAAAAGGGUUAA